GCCCAUAUUCGCUUAAAGGAGGCCAACCUGAGCAGCCAGGCCGGACGCUGGAUCAAAUGGAAAGUUCAAUCGAUUAAUUUGCCCACUUUUUUCGCAUGUUCCCGCUUGCUUUUGAUACGAGGUAGACCGACUUAAAUGCGGGCGUUUCGGUGUGAAAUAGGAAAUGCAGAGAUCGUGUGAAACGGGAGGAUUAUCAGCUUGACUUAUUUGGUCGCUACUUCGGACGCGGAACUCCACUCGCUAAAAGGUGAAUCAUGACAGAAUAUAAGCUGGUAGUGGUGGGAGCUGGAGGCGUUGGCAAGAGCGCACUUACCAUUCAACUCAUCCAGAAUCACUUUGUGGAUGAAUAUGACCCCACCAUUGAGGACUCCUACAGAAAGCAGGUAGUGAUCGACGGAGAGACGUGUCUGCUGGACAUCCUGGACACUGCAGGUCAGGAGGAGUACAGCGCCAUGAGGGAUCAGUACAUGAGGACAGGGGAGGGCUUCCUCUGUGUCUUUGCCAUCAACAACACCAAGUCCUUUGAGGACAUUCACCACUAUAGAGAACAGAUUAAGCGGGUGAAGGACUCUGAGGACGUCCCCAUGGUGUUGGUGGGGAACAAAUGUGACCUCCCGUCCCGGACAGUGGACACCAAGCAGGCUCAGGACUUAGCACGCAGCUAUGGCAUUCCCUUUAUCGAGACCUCAGCCAAAACCAGACAGGGCGUGGAUGAUGCCUUCUACACAUUAGUGCGAGAAAUCCGGAAGCAUAAGGAGAAGAUGAGCAAGGAGGGCAAAAAGAAGAAAAAGAAGUCCAAGACAAAGUGUACACUUAUGUGAAUAUUCACCCAUUUUCAAGACAGACUAAACAAAAGAACUAUGUUGAACAGUUAAGUAAUACAUUUUGUACAUUACACUAAAUUAUUAGCCUCUUUCUCAAUACCCACCAUACUGAAUACUAAACCUGACCCGUUUUUUCUGCCUUUCUAUUAUUUUCUACUUGGACACCAAUAAGCUUUAUUUUCAGUUUAGUGCCAGUUGCCCACGUGUGUUGGUCCAACAGCCUGUUUGAUUUUAUAGGAUGAUGUUGUUGAUUUGGAUUUUUUUUUUAAAUAUAUAAUUCAGGCCUGUGAGCUAAUUACAUCACAAAUUAUUCAUUACCUUCUUAAGAGUUGUUGUUCCCCUCCCUUUGCUUAAAAGGUCAUGACCUGCAAGAGUUCUGUAAUGCCCUUUUAAGUUUGGGAUGCCAAAGAAUGAAUUUUCAUCCCAAUUCUCGGAGACAAAAACAGAUUUGAAGAAAGGACCAACAUUUAGUCAGAUGAGAUCCAAAUGUCCCAGCCACUGUGUAAUUUCCCCAUUUCUAAAGACCUCUAGAUAUGACUUAGUUAUGUCACUGAUAUAAGUAUGCAUGCGAACUCCUACUCUUCUCCGAAUGUUUUAACACCCUAAUUAGCUGUUAAUUAAUUUGCAAUUUGUCAAUGCUUUGUACUGUGUGGGGAGUGAUUUCUUGCCUACAUGAGAUGUUUUUUUUUUUCCCUUUUUUGCAUGCAUUGUGUCCUAGAUGACAUGGGUAUUGCAAACUGCCUCUGGUUUGAUACAUUUAGAAGCAGGGAGGAACUCUGACCCAAGUGGACAUCACAGUCUUGUUUUCAGGUUCACAUAAAGUAAUCAUUACUCCAUUUUUUGUGAGAAAUAAAUCAGCCAUUUUCGCUCGAUAAAAGACAAAUUCAGAGAUCCAGAAUUUUACCUGUUUAGUGAUGAUAAAACGAGGCUAGCAGCCAGGUUUCGUGUCGGCCAGAGUCAUUUUAUGUUGCUGGGAUCCAUGCCUCGUCACAAGCUUAUGUGGAACAGCUUGUUUGAUCUUAUUGGUCACAUAUUUCCUGUUUAAAGGCUUGACUGCAGGAUUGUUUGUGUUUAUCCUGACAAUAAUCAUUUCAUUGCUACAGUUCGAGUUCUCUUGCCAGUAGUUUCCUGAUUAUGGCGUCACAUUUAAACAGCGUGAGGACCGUUUAUCAGCUUAUUAUCCGAUGUUUGUCAGGUUUUAAAUUUUAGGAUUCACGAUGCUCCGGUAGCUGGCCACAGAGGUGUCAUGCCUUACAUAGUUUCCUAAGCUGUUGACUUUUUUUGCUUGUGACUGGCUAGAAAGCAGAGUGCAUCUUUUAAGCAGCUUUCAGGAAUAUUUCUCUUGGUGUGGUGUCGCAGAGGUUGUUAAAAAUGUUGUCCAAAUGGAUUUCCAGAUUCUUCCUUUAGUGGAGCUUUUGUAAGAGUUUUGGGAUUAAUUUCCUAAAGUGUUGAAACUGUUUGUUGGCGCUGCCUUUCAACAGAAAUGAUUGUCCAGCAAAGCAAUUUCUCAUUUUCUCUUACAAAGCUCGUGUAUCGUGGUGAUGUAACUGGAACUGAUGUUUGUAAAUGAGGCUGUAAUUGCCAUAAAAUUGGUUUUAGAGAAAAUUGUCUGAAUUUAAACAUUUUUUAAAAAAAAAAGUCCUUGUUUCUUACCCGGGUCAACCCGUAUUUCACCUCUUCCAUGGUAUUUACAAGCUGUUCCCCUGGGGAUUUAUAUUUGCCUUUUAUGUUUGCAUUAGGUGCUACAUUUAGACGGUAGAAAGAGCCGAGACAACAUUUACUUGGUCCCAUGUGUGCUCAAGAAAUACACAAAAUGCUGUUCUAGGGAAGCGAUGUAAUCGACACAGAAAAUCCAGACAUGACACAUUUUGCUCUCCGAAUUAACGAAUUUUGACCCAGUUUGUUAUUACCUCUUUUUUUCAUGAAGUAGUUAAUAACUGUUAAUGCAAUUUUAAUUAUGGAUCCCUCUUGUUAACAGAACUGUUUCAAAAGUAGUUUUACUGAAAUGUUUGAAAUGUUCCUCUUCCUUUUAUUGCGUGCCAACAGCUGAUUUCUGAAAUGUAUCAUUUAUACCUGGAUCAUAUUUUAACAACCUUUGUAUAGUUGUGAUACUGAAAGGUGCAUAUUUUGUAAAUUGUGCUUCAUUUCGUUGGUGUGUCUAAAUGAAUGUUGCUUUAAUGGAGUUUUCACUCCGCUCUGUGUAUGUGAUUAGAGAGUGUGACUGGGUCCAGGUCUAGGGAAGUGAAUGAAUGACCACUUUACAACACACCUGUUGUGGGCAGUGUAGAGUGGUGAUCUGAUCUCAAAUGAGUCUAUUUUUUGCCAUGAAUCUCACCACUCCUAUUUAAUGUGUAAUAAAGAACAAAGUAAAGAGGAA